AACACAGUCUCUAUUAAUCACUUUAUUAUUAUUAUCAUUAUUACUGUUAUUAUUUUGUCUAGCUCCUGUAUGUCGAUAAUCUCUAGAUACGAAAUUUUGCUUCAUCAUUGCAACACGUCGAAAGCAGCAAAGUAGAGCCUAAAAGCGUUGGGCGUGAUCCGUCCGGUAUCUGUGAUAUGAUUAUCAGUGCAUAUUAUUAGAGCGUUGGAGGUUGGUGACACGUAGGUGGUUACCUCUUGUGGGUUUUUAAGCUAUGGAUCUUUCAGAUUCUUGUGCCUUGUCAAAUGAAAGGUCUUCACCCCCAGUGGUUCAAGCAGAUGGAGUAGACAAAGUUACAGCUACACUUGAAAAUAUCACAUUGGCUGAUACAAAAUCAAAAAAUUAUGUGACAGUAGUACAGAAUACUGUACAGUACCAUAGUAUAGAAAGUACAUGUUCUGGUACUGUGCAAAUAAACAGUCAUUCAGGAGAGACAUCAGAAACUGAAACACAAGAGCCUGUAGCAGCCAUUGAUGAUGAAAACUUUUUGAGGGAACAGUUAAAGUCCCUGGAAUGUCCAUUUACUUGGAACUUACAAAAUGAAGGGCGCCAUGAAACAUCUGAUUCAAUCAUAACAAGAUUAAGUGAAAAAAUUGAAGAAAUUGUAGAGGAAGGUGCAUUUCAAUGGCGCACAUUUACAUUGCUGCUUAUAAUUUGUUACGAAAAUUUUCGCAAAGGUGAUAUUACAGAGGCAUGGGACAAACAGAGAGAAUGUGAAAAAUAUCUUAAUCCUUCAGAUUCCAAAGGAAUAUACGAAAGUUUUUUUCUGGCAACAAAAGAUGCCCUAUUCCAUGUUAUCUAUGCAUGUAAGUGUCACCUAUUUUUUGAAUCUGGUGUUCUGAAUGAGGCAAGGCAAACACUUCAUAGUGUGUGUAAAUUUGAAGAAAUGGAUAAUUCAUGCAAGGCUGCCAUCUGGGGUGUUCGGGCAGUUGUUUCAAUGGAAUAUGGCUAUCAGGGAACCAAGGCUGCUGUGGAAUAUAUCGAGAAGGCUUUGGAACUGGACCCAGAGCAGGGUGAAUGGCACUUUCUGUAUGGAAAAUGCCUUGGUCGUAUUCGUCGCAUUUACAAUUUCAAUGAGAUUCCCCCACAGAAGGAACUGAAAGCUCUGGAAAAUGCAGCUCAAAUGACAAAAAAUGCUUCCUAUAUAAUUUUCUUAGCACAGGCUUACAGAGAAGCAUCAUUCAGAGUCUUCUCCAUCCACAGGAAUGACCUAGCACCUCUAAAGGGGGAAAUUGACAAGAUGUGUGAACGCUCAGCUGAACUUUAUAGGCUAGCACUGGAUUUGAGAGGCGAAUGUGCACAUAUCAAUAUCCGAUGUGCUCAGGGCUUUUGUAAACUUCCUUAUCCACAUAAAAAUAUAGCAUUAGCAAAGAAAUGUUGCAAGAAGGCUCUGUAUCUUGCGCCCAAUAAUGCAAUGGCUAACCAUGUCGCAGGGUCAAUCUGUGAAAAAUAUGAAAGUGAUUUACAAAGUGCAAAGAAAUACUAUCAGAUGGCUGGAGACCAAGGUGCUUAUGGUGCAUUCAUGGACCUGUACAGAUUGAAGUACAAUGAGGACCAGACAUAUGAUCCAAUCCCAGAUUUUGAGUUCUUACUAAGCCGUUUUAGAGAGAAACCAUUAGUAGAGGAGAUUAUAUGUCAAAUGGGUGCCUUCUACCUAUUCAUGAAGGAUGAUCUGCCUAUGGCUUACAGGAAAUACUACAGUAAGGUCAUUUCCCAGAAUCCAGAAUCUGAAAAGUUAAAGACUCACAAAUGUAACUUCUUGCCCAUGAAAAAACCCGUGAAUAUCUAUGAAGUGAUUUUUGAUGAGGCAAGAAUAAGACUAAAAGAAAAAAACUGCAAGAGUUUGUCUGAUGAAGACUGUAAGUUGUUUCGUCAGAUUGUCAUUGAAUAUUCACACCUUUUCCCACAACUGUCGCAGAAUUCUCCAAAACCCAGACGGAAGAUGGUCUUGGAAGAAGCAGAAAGUGCAUACUCUGAUCGAUCACGCUCACGUGGUGGUAGGGGUAGGGGUAGAGGUAGAGGGGGAUCUCGUGGAUUGGGUACCAGUGGGGGCAGGAGUAGAGGUAGAGCUGAUGGUCAAAGAGAUUUCAGUGGCGGUAGAGGUGCAUACCGCCGGAGAUUUGGAAGUCGCGAUUCAAGCACUGACAGUAAGAGUAGCAAUAUGGCUAGAUAUCACCAGAAAGCUGGAAGUCGUGAUUCAAGCACUGAAGGAAGGGACAGACAUUACAGUAAAGAAAGAAAUUUUUUUGGUAGUUGGCAUCAAAGUAGAGAUUCGAGUAAUGAUAGCAGAAGCAGCCAGGACAAGAAUUGGCGAAGUGGACCAAGGGACUUUGAUGAGAUUGGCAAGGGAAAGUUGACCCAUCAUCGGGACAGUAGCAAUAGCAGUAGAUAUCACCAGAAAGCUGGAAGUCGUGAUUCAAGCACUGAAAGAAGGGACAGACAUUACAGUAAAGAAAGAAAUUUUUUUGGUAGUUGGCAUCAAAGUAGAGAUUCGAGUAAUGAUAGCAGAAGCAGCCAGGACAAGAAUUGGCGAAGUGGACCAAGGGACUUUGAUGAGAUUGGCAAGGGAAAGUUGACCCAUCAUCGGGACAGUAGCAAUAGCAGUAGAUAUCACCAGAAAGCUGGAAGUCGUGAUUCAAGCACUGAAAGAAGGGACAGACAUUACAGUAAAGAAAGAAAUUUUUUUGGUAGUUGGCAUCAAAGUAGAGAUUCGAGUAAUGAUAGCAGAAGCAGCCAGGACAAGAAUUGGCGAAGUGGACCAAGGGACUUUGAUGAGAUUGGCAAAGGAAAGUUGACCCAUCAUCGUGACAGUAGCAAUAGCAGUGUAGAAGGAAGGCCAUAUCCCAUUAGGGAGAAUAAUAAUGGACAUCAGGGCUCCAGAACUUACAGUGUGAGUAGAAAUGGAAGUGGAUCAGAUUUACCCAGAGAUUUGGGAGGAAGCAGAAUAAGAACAGAAAGUAAUAGUAGUGUUGGUAGUGAUACACGUAGAGACUGGAAAGAUGGUUGCCUUGGUGGGGGACCCAGGAGUAGAAACAGUAAUCAGGUGGGGCAUGGACAGACAGAUGAAGGAAGCAGAUUGAAACGGAAUUUUGGAGAAAAGCGAGAUAGUAGUAGUAAUUGGGGUUCUUGGAGGGGUUACCAGAGGGGUGGGAAUAGAAGACCAGAUUUCCAUGGGAGUGUAAAUUAUGAACAAGAAGCACGACAAAGUAACAUGAAUCAAGAUUCUGGGAGCAGAAGUUCAAACAUGCACCAUAACAGAGAGCAAAGUGAUGCAAUGGGAGCUUCAGCUGCCAGAGCAUCUCAGAGGGAAAGUAGAUGGCAGGGUAGUGAAGAUAAGUCAAAAAGAUGGUUUAAUGCGAAAGAAACAAAUUUUAAACUCUCCUGGCAAAACACUAAGAAUUAGUAAUGUUCCAUACAUGAUUUAAGUACCAAAUUUGAAUAACGUAAACCAUUAUAUUUGCCUCAUAGGAUCUGUCAGCGUUUCUCUGCAAGCUCCACUGAGACACUAUAUAUUAAUAUUCCCAAAGUGGAAGAUGUAACCCCUUGUUUCUCCUUAAGGGUUGCUCACUGUGUUGCAAACACACAUGCACCGUUCCCUCAUUAUGAAUUUAACUGAAAAAACUAAUUCCAAUUGCCCUUAUUCUUGGCGAUGUGGAUCUUGUUUCAAACUCAUGAUCUUUUUUGCCACAGUAUACAGUAUAAAAUAAAGUCUGUUUGGCCACUGCAUUACCCAGCAAUCAGGUGAAGACACCAGAGACACAAUUACUUCCCAGAAAACUAAAGCACUAAGUUCCCUGUAAUGAAUAUUGAUUAUUUUUUGGAAUAUUUUUGGGGUUCUGUCAAAAAACAGAUGUUCACUGCUAGAUUACAAAUAAGUCAGAACACUGUAGAAAUUUCCUGUCUGUAAAAGUUGGGGGGCUAUGCUACAAGCCGGAAGGUCACGGGUUCAAGUCCCAAUGAGGUCAUUGGACUUUUUUCAAUUGACCUA